AUGGACGCAAUCACCCUUUCCAGCAACUGGAAGAAGCUACAGGCCACCCUCAAGCAAAGAAGUGCCGCGGCGGGCACCUCAACCGUCAAACGCAAGGCCGCAGAUCGCGACGUGGAGACCAGUUCUGUGAAGAAACGCAAGUUCGUCGAGAAGAACCCCUCCCAGCCACGAGUCUCCCAGACUACAGCCCGGAAACGCAAGAUGUUGGACGGCUCCGCCAACGCCAGUCCCGCUGGCACCGACUCGGGCUCCAUGACAGUCCGGAGGAGAUCAAGCACGGUUGUAUCUGCUACCACAGUCGCGGUAUCACGGAAUGCAAAGGUGAACGAGGGCCGUUCUCCCAGUGCGGAGAUCGGGAAAUACAUUGCCAUGGAUUGCGAGAUGGUGGGCGUGGGACCCAACCCCGACAAUGACUCGGUUCUUGCUCGUGUCAGUAUCGUCAACUUCAACGGCGACCAGGUCUACGAUUCAUAUGUGCGACCGAAAGAGAUGGUGACCGAUUGGCGGACCCAUGUCAGUGGCAUCGCCCCCAAGCACAUGGUGGAAGCCCGCACACUGGAACAAGUUCAGAAGGAGGUUGGAGAGAUCAUGGAUGGACGCGUGCUCGUGGGCCAUGCAGUCAGCAACGAUUUGGAUGCAUUGCUUUUGGGCCACCCGAAGCGUGACAUUCGCGAUACCAGCAAGCACCCCGAAUACCGCAAGAUCGCCGGUGGUGGAUCCCCGCGACUGAAGAUGCUGGCCGAGCAUUUCCUGGGCUUGAAAAUCCAAGAAGGUGCCCAUUCAUCUGUGGAGGAUGCUCGGGCAACCAUGGCACUGUACCGUCGAGAAAAGGAUGCAUUUGAACGGGAGCACCUGAAGAAAUGGCCCGUCCGCAAUGCGCCGGUCAGCUCGGGGACGGGUGACCAGAAGAAGAAAAAGAAGAAGAAGAAGACCACCCGCAAGCGGUGA